AUGGUGCUCUUAACAUCGUCAGCCGUGUCAGUUGUAAUAUCCAGCGGGGUGGUUUGCACCUUUACCUUCUUGCUGUUUCUGUCCGGCUAUGUUCUCCAGCAACAGACAGUCAGAUCGUUACAGGAAGCCAUACGCCAACCGGCUGAACGAAAGCCAGUGCCUACAUUGCCAGCCAAGUUUAGACACCAGGAGAAUGAAACGGUUGAAGCUGUGAUCGGAGAGUCACAGGAUGGAUCCGGGCGGCCUUUGGCAAUCGAUGAGCCAUUAUCCCAGCGACCUCGUCAUGAGUCUGGUUUCAUCCAAGUUCCAGUAGAUAUGACCAGAGGGGAGCAGGCGCUCGGGAACGAACCACCUGGAGGGCAGGGUCAAGCAGACGCCCAGCAGCGAUUUCAAUCAUCGGAUGAGCGACUGUAUGAGCAUCUUGCAUACAUGUUUGCACUGCUCCAGCCGUCGGACCUUUGCUCGGCUCUCCUAUUUGCGGAAGAGCAUAGAAAAUUAUCCUCUCUCGCAGUAAAGCCAUCGGUUGUACUGUUAUAUCCCUCUACAUGGGAAUCAAGUUCGAGACAUCAGCAUACCUCGGUGCUGAAGUUCAUGAGGGACAUCCAAGAGCAAUACAGCCUCAUAUACCACCCAGUGCAGAUCAGCGACAGUUGGGAAGUGAAUGCUCAGCUUCUGGGAGAACUGCAAUGGACUCGAUGGGGCUACGAUCGAGCAUUAUUCCUUCGAUCGCCUGGCAUGGCAACGGACGUAAGAGCACUGGAUGAGGCGUUGGCGUCAUCAAUUCUGAGAAAAUCUUGGGCGCCACUAAGUGCGACUUCUGGGAAUAACCCUGAUGUACUACUGUAUACGCCUAAAGGACUGCAAAUUCCGAGGAAGGAGAUGAGGAAGCUGGUUGCUUCGGCUGUUGCUUCGGAUGCCUAUGAAGAUCAGGUGUAUGCGGAGUCGCGAGUUGAAAAGUCGGCAUACGUUCUUUUGGAUGAGGAGUUACUGCUGCAUAAUCAGGAUGAAGAUGACUGGACUAGGUUGAUUUUGAACAAGUUUUCCCGUGGGAGGCGGGCAGUCUGUGCUGGAAGCGGCAUUCUUGAGGAUAUGAAGGAGAGUGACACACAUACCAAUCUGUGA